AGAUUCCAACAGAUGGUGGAGGAACUUUCUUCCAAAGGGUCACAUUGCUCUCUCUCCCCCCUCACUGACUCCCUCUCAACGGACCGGACUACUUCUUCACUUCUCUCCCCUUCCCUACAAACACCUCUUUCCGCUCUGGGAGAACAGUUUCUCCUGACCGCCAAAGAACGACCUUCAAGGGACGGAACUCUCCGAGGCUCUCCGGGCCCUGAAACCCUUUCUGUGCCGGCUCAGCUCUUUAGAGGCCAGGCUCUGUAUUCUUUCUCUCCCCCCCAGCCUUGCUGCACUGAGGGACCAGACCCCAGACUUCACUCAGCGAGGACAUUGGAGCGAACCAUGCCCUCCGGCUUUCUAACGCCUUUCCUGGAACUGGAUGAGGAGUUCUUCAAGAACUUCCGCGGCAUGGAGGCGACAGAUGGCCCUCUACCCGGCUCUCUGCCACCACAGAACCAGAACCAGAGGGUCCUGGGCUUCCAGCGCCGCCACUCCCUGUGCCCGGUGACCCUCCCCAACUCCAAGUUCAACAGCAGCAGCAGCAGCAGCAGCAGCUCUGAGGUGGCUGACUCAGCCGGGUGGGGGUUCAACAUGGCCCCCCCCCAGCAGUGGAGCCAGGACGGUCAGCUCCCUCGCUCCUCGCUCAGUCACAUCCCCUUCAGAGUGGACCGCUCGGUCAGCAUGAUCGAGGGCCACAGCCUGGCAGCCAGAGAGGACAAACUGGCUAACUUGACCCCCAAGGUGCUGCUCCCCCCACCAGGCUUCUGCCUCAGCAACACCUCUCUCUCUUCCAUUGCCUCCCCCUCUGAUACCAUAUCCCCAGUAUCCCCCCCUCACAUCUCCACCCGGUACAAGACCGAACUCUGCCGCACCUACGAAGAAAACGGGACCUGCAAGUACGGGGCCAAGUGUCAGUUUGCCCACGGCAUGGACGAGAUGAGGGGCCUGAGCCGGCACCCCAAGUACAAGACGGAGCCAUGCCGCACCUUCCACACCAUCGGCUUCUGCCCAUACGGCGCCCGCUGCCACUUCAUCCACAACGCAGACGAGAUGCUGGACGGCGGGGGCCCUUCACAGAAACCCAGGAUGAGGCCCCCCCUGCUGCGUCACAGCGUCAGCUUUGCAGGCUUCUCCUCCUCUCCACAGACUUUCCAACCGGUGGAGGAGUCGCAGCCUUCCUCCUUCCUCUUCACCCGGGCCUCCUCAGUCUCCCCCCCUCCCUCCUCCACAGGGAGCCCAGAGCUCCUCUCCCCCCUCUUCCCUGAGCCGGGGUCCCUGAAGCAGUGUCCCUACCCCUUCUCUGGGGUCCCAGAGCUGGGUGGGGACAGCGGGGACUCGUCUCUGCGGUUCUACGCGGUGACCGACUCUAUCAGCUCCAAGUUUGUCGCGUCCACUUUCACCUCCAAGAACCCAAACCUCCCCUACCUCCUCCCCCAGCAGCUGCCCGUCUCCCUGCACAGUCUGCAGCGCUGCUCCUCCGCGGAGUCCCUCUCCGAGGAGGGCUACACCUCCUCCUGCUCCCUCAGCUCGGCCUCCAGCGGCACCGAGUCUCCGAGCUUCGAGGGCCGGCGCCUUCCCAUCUUCAGCCGGCUGUCCGUCACAGACGAAUAGGGAUGGUUUACUGCAGGGCUGAGUUUAAUGGGGGACGGAUGGUUUUAUUGUUUGUAGCCUUUAUUUAACCAGGUGAAAAUCCCAUUGGAGACCUGGAAAAAUCUAUGUGAAGAGGAUCAGAUUUUUUCUCUCCAGUCCAAAAUCAACAAACUAGCACAAUAUUUGAUGUAAAUAAAGCAGAAACUCCAUUAUCACAACUAGACUUUUUAAACAGUUGAGAUACAAGUCGCUUUCGAUUUGAACAUAGUGUUCCAGUUCCUCCCUGAACCCAGCCGGGUAAGAGUACCCAACUUUGUGCAUAUUGCAUUUCUCAUCCAAGCAGUUGUAGUGCUGCUCAGUGUUCGUCCAGUUUUAGCUGACUCCUGUUUUGUUAUUUUUUUUAAGUUUUUUAUUUGUUGCCAUUGUUACUGCUGUAUACUGUUGUAUACCAAUUCCCUGUACCCUGAUGAAAUCUUAAGAUUAAUGUUGUAUGCCCUGUGCAUGACUGGAGUACUUUUUUAGGAUAGCAAAGUUAUUUUUUCACAACUGGCUUAUUUGUGUUCCUUGCAACAGUUUAGAGUGAUGCCAGUCAUAUCAGGGCUCUCCACCUGUGAGCUUCUUUUCCACGAGUAAGAGGCUGAGUACUGUAUGCUGUCACUGAUUGAUUGGUUGCAUGGCUGUGGCCACCUGAUUGUAUUUGUCAGCCAUAUUAACUGUAUGGCUCAGAUAUAGCUAAACUAAACAUCAGCAACAACAAGUUUAGGCACCCCACUGACUCUCUAGUUACCAAAAUUGGUGUUAGUUACCCUAACCUAGUAUUGCUAACACCUAGCCUAGCCUUUUACCAACAGGUAAUAUACAGUUUUAUGAUAUUGAUAUUAUAGCUAAAACAUUUCUAGAUGUUUCUAGAUAUUUAUUGUUUUUGUAUAGGUUGAUAUGUGUGAUCUGUGUCUGUGUUCAUGCUGUGUUAUAAUGCUAGAGAAACGUUGCUUUACUUUGCAUUCAUGAUGGCCAUCUGCUCGGUUUAUGCUAUCCAGUAGCUUUAAUGAGGCUAGCGGAGAGGAGACAAAGGGAGGGAGAGAAACAUUUUUGGCAUUCUAUAAGUACGUAUGUUGCCUUAUUGGCUAAAUGGCCAGCAGAAAUCAAGUCUCACUGAGUUAACACCAUGAGCAGCUCGAUUAGUAAGUUAGUGGUUAUCUUCCACGAGAGGAGCCUUCUGAUGGUACUGCCUCUGAAACAUCUGGGAUCAGUAGCAUUAGCCAUGCUAACUGCUGAUGGUGUCAGCACACAGUGAGUCUACUCCUCUCCACUAAGCCUCUGACUGUAAUAACCUUGUUCAGUUUGUUUAGUGAUGUUAUCUCUAUACAAAGCAAAAUGGUGUUGAAAGAGUGGUUCAUGACCUCAGAGUCAGCAGUUAUAAAUUAAAAUAUGUUUACACUAAGAUCAUUAGUUUAGGAGCAGCACAGCUAUCAAAUGAUAAGGACAUUAUUUAGAAAAGAGUGUUAAUAUGUCAUUGUGCAUGUUUGCCUAAUCUGAGACUGCUGUACUGCAUUUGGUCGUGGUGUAUGGAAAUUCCUACACUCUUUAAAUCCUGUGUGCUAUCUACUUCUAUUGUGAUGUAAACGGAAGGUGAAAAGGUUACCUUUGAUUACUGUUUAAUUUUAUCUAUCAGAGUUGCCUUGAUGACAAUGUGUUUGUAGGUCGACCUUGCUGACUGAGCGGCAGGGGAAAUCAAGACUUUUAUGGUGUGUGUUUGUGGAGAAAUAGUCCAGAGACGCUCUGUUGCUGCAGACCCGGCAGCAAGCAGCUUUUGUAACUUUUGUUAACUUAAAGUCUUAUUUAUUUUGCUUUUCAAAGCAAAACCUAUAUUGUGGUGUUAAAUUGUGUUUCUUGUUUUGCAUAAUUUAAGUGCAUUUAUUGUUUACAUUCCAUGGGUUAUGUUCACAUGCUGGCUCUUUAUCUUAAUAUAUUUGUCCCAUUUCAUUUCAAAAUAAAAGUCUUUGAAAAAUGA